AAUUACUUUGCUGGCAUCGCCAAUCACACGGAAAUAAUUCGACAAAUUUUAGUUUUUAAUGCAAACGGAAAGGCUAUAAAUUUCGCCUUUGGAUGAUAUAUAUAACUCGCUUUAGUGUAAAACAGUCAAUUUUGUAAUGUUUGAGUGUGUGUGUGUGCGGAAAAGCUAAUGCAAAGGCCUUGAAAAUUGUUACGAAAAUUGACUGACGUACGGAGUGCUGAGAUACGUGCUAAAAGAAGAAGAGAAGCCUCGCCAGCGCAAUAUUAGAAGUGGUGGUCAGGGAACAAGCAGCAGCAGCAGCACACCGCAGCACACCCCGCAUUAAAGUUACACACACACGACACUCUUUUUUUCAUUUGAUUGCUGGAAAAUUGCACAGCGUGCGGAGUCACUGCAGCAUGAUCCAUUGCAUUGUAUUUCGUUUGCGUAUGUGAAGCAUAAAAAGGCCCCCCAGAAAACUGAUACUGAAACCGAAACCGGAUUAAAAGUGCAGCUCGAACAGCACCGAUUGUAACUAGGGCGCCCCAGCUAAGUGAAAAGCUUGUGGCGUCGUGGCGUCGGAGCGGAUACAGAGAGUUUCGAGACAGUUUGACUUAAAAUUCAAAAAUCAUGAUGAUACAAGAGCCCGUGCAGGCCGCCAUAUGGCACUGCCUCAACCACUACGAUCAUAAGGAUGCUGUUUUUCUCGCGGAGCGCCUCUGCUCAGAAGUGGAAAGCGACGAGACAAUAUUUUUGUUGGCCACCAGCUAUUAUCGUUCAAAUCGAUUGGAUCAGGCCUAUUGGCUGCUCCUGGAGAAGUCGCGCCGCUCGCCGCAAUGCCGCUACUUGCAGGCGAAAUGCGCUUACGAGCUGAAGAAAUAUGCGGAAGCAGAAAGUGCUCUGAUUUCCAGCGGUUUUGUGGACAACAAACACUUUGAUGAGGUGCAGCGCGAGUUCGGCGAAAUCGCCUGCUUUGCCUAUCAAUUAAUGGCACAGAUCUGUAUGCGAACGGAGCGCCAGAAGUUGGCGGUGAACGCGUUACGUCGCGCCCUCAAACUGAAUCCGUUUAUGUGGCAUGCGUUUGCCGAUCUGUGCCUGCUGGGUCAGGAAACGGAUACAGCGGCAAUAUUCCAAAUUCAAAGCACUGAUGUGUUCAACACUUGCCAGGGCAGCAGCGCCAAUGCCAAUUCCAUGGUGCUGUUCGGCGGCAGCGCUGUUAACGAGCAGCAACAGCAGCUGGAAAACCUGCUGCUUAACAAUGUAAGCAAUAACUCCAAUUAUAUACUAAGCACCCCAGUGGAGCAGCAGCAGCAACAUCAGCAGCAACUGCAGCAGCAGAACAACAACGGCAGCAGCUUGGCCACGCUACAGAAUCUGAUGACGCCAAACAACAAUAUCAACAACAACAACAAUAACAAUCUCAAUAGCUCCAUUACAAUGCUGCGUGGCGGCGUCCAACAACAGAGCACCAACACCAACUCGAGCAUGAUGCUACUAGAGGACACACCCAUGGGUUAUGCAGCGCAUGAUGCGCCCGCACAGCAACAGCAGCAGCUGGCGCAGCAUCAACAUCAAUUGUAUGAUGCCAACAAUGGCACACCAUUUCGAAAGCAAUUCAAAUAUCUGUCUGCAAUAUCGCCGUUAACGCCCAGCUUUGGCAUUAUGCCGCUGACUAGUCCCUGCGAUGGCGGCUCAGCUGUGCUGCAGGCAAAUUUAAACCUGUCCGCGUAUUCACCAUUGCCACAAAUGCUGGUCGAGGUCAAUCAGGAGCCAAAAAUCAUUGGGAAAAAAUUUAAGACGCAUGUGGGCGGACUUAUCAAUCGUCAGGAGAAAAGUAAACCCGCCGUUUUUACGCAGGCUGGCAACAUAACUCCGCGCACGCCAAACAACGUGGUUGGCAAUGGACCCCCGAAUCCCAAUGCGGCAGUGCGUCGCAGCUCGCGGCUGUUCAGCAAUUCGGCGUACUCUGUCAAGGAGAACAACAAAUCGCCCAAUAUAACGAACAAUAACAAAUUUGUACAGCCGCGAUCGCCACCACGCAAAACCAAAUCGUCACGCAUGACCAAAAUAUGUUUAAACAACGAACUAAUUGAGGAGAAGACGCAUCACCAUCUCGCCGAGAAGCUGAGCGAAAAGCAGUCGCGCAAGGAAAAAGAAAAAGUGGAAACAAUCACAUCGGGCGCAACAGCCGGUGGCAACAGUCAAUCAACAAUCAAUAAUCGCAGCGCCGAAGAAGCCAAAGUCCUGCUAAACAACAGCCUCAACAAUGCCCAGACGCUGGCGCAUCAGCUGCUGAGCAUGAAGAAGCAAUCGGCGGACGGUCUAAUGCUGCUGCUGCGCGACCUGGCCGAGGGCUAUAAGCUAUUGUCGGCGUUUCAGUGCAAAGCGGCCAUUAUGCAUCUGGAGGGGACGAUACCAAAGCAUCAUUUAAGCUCCAGUUGGGUGCAGUCGCUGAUCGGCAUGUGCCGCUACGAGCUGCGCGACUAUGAGGCCGCCGUGCUUAUAUUCAAGAGGAUACACGAAACGGAGCCGUGUCGCUUGGAUUACAUGGAAAUCUAUUCCACAUCGUUGUGGCACUUGCAGAAGGAGGUCGCUUUGUCGGCGCUCGCCCAGGACCUCAUCGCUCAGGAUAAACGUAGUCCGGUGACGUGGUGUGUGGCCGGCAAUUGUUUCUCGCUGCACAAGGAGCACGAAACGGCAAUUAAGUUCUUUAAACGUGCUGUUCAAGUAGAUCCAGACUUUGUGUACAGCUAUACGCUCCUGGGACACGAGCUGGUACUUACCGAGGAGUUCGACAAGGCGAUGGACUAUUUUCGGGCAGCUGUCGUGCGUGAUCCACGGCAUUAUAAUGCCUGGUUCGGCAUUGGCACAAUUUACUCCAAGCAGGAGAAAUACGAGCUGGCCGAGCUGCACUAUGUGAAGGCGCUGAAAAUCAACACACAGAACUCGGUCAUCCUGGUACACAUCGGAGCCAUGCAGUUCUUCAUGCAGAAAAAGGAUCUGGCACUGCAAACGCUUAAUACGGCAGCUACGAUAGAUCCGAAAAAUCCGUUGGCACGCUUUCAUCGAGGCUCCAUAUAUUUCUCGCUGGGCAAAUACCAGGAGGCGUUGCGCGAACUGGAGGAACUCAAGGAGAUUGUGCCAAAGGAGUCGGUUGUGUUUUAUCUGAUUGGUAAAAUACACAAGACGUUGGGCAACAUGGAUCUGGCAUUGAUGCAUUUCAGUUGGGCCACCGAUCUGGAUCCGAAGGGCGCAAAUAAUCAAAUCAAAGAUGCCUUCGAUUCAAUGGCGCAUCCCAAUUGCUGUCCACCCAAUGACAAUGCCCUGGAUGUGGACUUUGAUCCAACAUCGGAGCGUUCCGAUGACUCAACGCAGGCGCAGCAGGAUGUUAGCUACGACAGCGACUACUAGAAAAUGUCUCCAAGUCUGAGUGCUUGUAUAUAAUUACAUAAUUAAUACACAUAUUUGAAAGAGAAAACAAAACCAAUUAUGAAUUAUAUUGAAGUUUAGAUAA